AAAAUUCCUUGUGUAAGGCUAUGGCUAGUGGUCUGAACUUUCUCAGGUCUGUGAAAAACUGAUCAUUUUUCUCAUCCCACAGGAAUAGGAGAUGGGUUGUCCUUGUACAAAAUAUGGUAUCCACCUGCACUUCAUUACAGAGCUGCAUUUUUGUCCAUGCCACACCACAAGAUCACCAUGAUGACAUAGCAGCUUCAGAGCACAGCGUGACUAGGGCUUUUUUUUUUUUUUUUUUUUUUUUUCCUCUUGUAACACAGAGGAUCUGGCAGACGUUUACCUCCUGACACUGUUUACAGCAUAUAUUGGUUGAUACAGUCCCUUAUUGCAUCUGCUCUGGGAAUUAAGGAAAGCAGCUUCAACGCGGUAAGGGACGAGACACAUUGCAAAGAUGACUCUAAGCUCUCUACCUGUCUUUCUGGUAUUGAUUAGUGGCAUUUUUUGCCAGUAUGACUAUGGUCCUGGAGAUGAUUAUGGUUAUGAUCCUUUUGGGCCAUCUUCAGCAGUCUGUGCCCCGGAAUGUAAUUGUCCUUUAAGCUAUCCUUCAGCAAUGUAUUGUGACAAUCUUAAACUGAAAACCAUUCCAAUUGUACCAAGUGGAAUAAAAUACCUUUAUCUCCGAAACAACAUGAUUGAAGGCAUUGAAGAGAAUACGUUUGAUAAUGUAACAGACCUGCAGUGGCUGAUCCUAGAUCACAACCAUUUGGAAAAUUCAAAAAUUAAGGGAAAAGUUUUCUCUAAACUAAAACAUCUGAAGAAACUUCAUAUUAACUAUAACAAUUUGACUGAAGCUGUUGGACCACUCCCCAAAAUGCUGGAUGACCUGCAAUUAAGUCACAACAAGAUCACAAAAAUCAGUCCCAGUGCACUUGAGGGGCUGGUGAAUCUGACUGUCAUUCACCUCCAGAACAACCAGCUGAAAGCAGAAUCUAUUGCUGGGGCUUUUAAAGGCCUGAAUUCACUUCUGUAUCUUGACUUAAGCUUCAACCAGCUUACAAAGCUACCAACAGGACUGCCUCACUCCUUGCUCAUGCUGUAUUUUGACAAUAACCAGAUCUCCAAUGUUCCUGAUGAGUACUUCCAAGGUUUUAAAACCCUGCAAUAUUUACGUUUAUCCCACAAUAAAUUAACAGAUUCUGGAAUACCAGGAAAUGUCUUCAAUAUCACGUCAUUAGUUGAGCUGGAUCUUUCCUUUAAUCAGCUGAAGAGCAUUCCAACUGUCAGUGAGAACCUUGAAAACUUCUACCUCCAAGUCAACAAAAUAAACAAGUUUCCACUGAGAAGCUUCUGUAAGGUUGUUGGACCAUUGACCUAUUCAAAAAUCACACAUUUGCGCCUGGAUGGAAACAAUCUCACUCGUGCUGACCUGCCUCAGGAGAUGUACAACUGCCUUCGGGUAGCGGCUGAGAUCUCACUGGAGAAAAUGACGACUCUAAAAGUCUAUCCAAAGCUUUUGCUCUUAUUCUUGUUCAAUUCUGUGUGGACUCGAACUGUGAGACAAGUUUAUGAUGAGCUGGAUCCAGAGCACUGGUCUCACUACACUUUUGAGUGUCCAAAAGAGUGCUUUUGUCCUCCCAGUUUCCCAAAUGCAUUAUACUGUGAUAACAAAGGACUUAAAGAAAUACCUGCAAUCCCAGCAAGAAUUUGGUACCUCUAUCUUCAAAACAACUUCAUUGAAACAAUUUCAGAGAAGCCUUUUGUGAAUGCCACUCACCUGAGAUGGAUAAAUCUGAACAAGAAUAAGAUCACCAACAAUGGAAUUGAAAGUGGUGUGCUGAGCAAGCUGAAAAGGUUGCUUUACUUAUUCCUUGAGGAUAAUGAGUUGGAAGAGGUGCCUGCCCCAUUACCAGGGAGCUUGGAGCAGCUAAGACUGGCUAGAAACAAGAUCUCCAGAAUCCCAGAAGGAGUCUUCAGCAACUUGGAAAAUCUUACUAUGCUAGAUCUGCACCAGAACAGUUUGUUGGACAGCGCUCUUCAAAGUGACACCUUCCAAGGACUCAACAAUCUUAUGCAACUCAACAUAGCAAAAAAUUCACUCAAAAAAAUGCCUUUAAGCAUUCCAGCUAAUACACUGCAGCUGUUUCUGGACAACAACUCCAUUGAAGUGAUACCAGAGAACUAUUUCAGUACAAUACCCAAAGUGACUUUCCUUAGGCUUAACUACAAUAAAUUAUCUGAUGAUGGUAUUCCUCCAAAUGGGUUUAAUGUUUCAUCUAUUCUAGACCUACAGCUGUCUCACAACCAGCUCACUAAAAUUCCGCCUAUCAAUGCUCAACUUGAGCACCUUCACCUUGACCACAACAGAAUCAAAAGUGUUAAUGGUACUCAGAUAUGCCCUGUCUCAAUUGCCAUAGCAGAAGAUUAUGGUUUUUAUGGUAACAUCCCCCGCCUCCGCUAUCUUCGUCUGGAUGGAAAUGAAAUUCAGCCUCCAAUCCCACUGGACAUCAUGAUAUGUUUCCAACUACUUCAAGCUGUUGUCAUAUAAAGAUGUCACUGUGUCACUGUUGUGCUG